AGGUUUGUCCGUCCUGACUUGCCCUACCAGUGCCAGGCCGUCCCGCGCAGUUUCACCAGAGCGUCGGUGGAUCUACAGACCGUCUACAAUAGACUGUGUGGGUGGAUCCCAUGCGGUGGAUCUGUGUGUAUGAGUCCGUCUGGUCCUGCAGGUCUGUCCGGCCUGUGUCAGGUCACCGAGCAUCUCUACCUCAGUAAUGGCCGAGCGGCCCGAGACGCCGCUCAGGUCAGUCGCUGUAAAAUCUCUUGUAUCAUCAGUGUUACAGAGACGAGGUGGAGCUGUCCUCCUGCCGCCGGGGUGGAGCACAUCCACAUCCCGCUGUCCGACUCCCCGGGGUCCCCUCUCAUCGAUCACUUCGACCGGGUGUCGGACAUCAUCCAGCGGACUGCAGAGGGCGGGGGCCGCACGCUGGUGCACUGUAACGCGGGUGUGAGCCGCUCCUCCGCGCUGUGCAUCGCCUUCCUGAUGCGACACGGCGGCCUCUCUCUCCUGGAGGCCCACGGCACCGUGAGGACCUCCAGACCCAUGGUGAGGCCGAACAUGGGCUUCUGGAAGCAGCUCAUCCGCUAUGAGAUGGUGCUUCGUGGGUGCAACUCCGUCCGAAUGGUGCCCUCGUCCAUCGGAGAGAUACCAGACAUUUACGAAGAAGAGUCCAGGAAUAUGACGGCACUGUGAGGACCUAUUGUGUGUGUAAAAAUCUGUACAUAUACUGUGUGGGUGUGUGUGUGUGUUUGUGUGGGUGUGUGUGUGUGUGGAAAAAAAACACAGCACAUAAACAAUGUUUUACAACUUUCAGAAUGAUGUUCUAUUAAAACCAACACAUACUCGUAAAAAGA